AAAUUAACCAAGCAGGAUCCUGGAGAUAGGACAAAGAGGUCUUAAAGUACAUGAUCUGUGUGACGGGUGCCAUGAUGAGAUAUGAUCGAGAGGAGGCUGGCUAGAAAUCACUAUCACUUGGUUUAAGUAUCAAUGAUAGAAGCGAGCCAGAUUAAUUAGGCUCGACACUUUUUGGAUUCAACCAGAGGCAACUUGAUCAUGUUUUUAAACCGCAAUAACGGUGAGAAGAACGGUUGACUGUCUUCCUUCAAGAUCUGGCUACGAGAGGCUCGCUCGAGAUGAUCGAGCUAUUGAGGGAGGACACGAUUCAUGAAGACACCGGGUACUAAUUAAAACAAAUGUUGACGUCAUCAUCGCAGUUAGUGGGUGGCAAGUAUAGUACUUGCACUGCAACGCCAGCGGCUGUAUAGUAUAAAACGUGUCCAGUCACUACUUACCUACUCCACCUUAGACGUGAUGACGAGCAAAGCAAUACAAGCCCGUCAGGCUGCUGCAAUCCCCCAGUUCACCUCAAAAGAUUACUCUUCCUUCUUCCUCGCGGGAGCACUAUGUUGCACGGUCACCCACGGUGCAAUGACGCCCGUCGACGUCGUGAAAACGCGAAUUCAAAUUGAUCCUGCAUACAAGAAGCUGAACAUGUUGACUGGAACGCGCUAUGUCAUUGCGACAGAAGGUCCCAGAGCACUCCUCACAGGUUUCGGCCCAACUGCAGUUGGUUAUCUUAUACAAGGAGGCGCAAAAUUCGCUGGUUACGAGUACUGGAAGAAAAAAGCAGUCGAGUCUAUAGGUGGCCAGGAGGAGGCAGUGAAGUAUCGAACGGCAAUAUACCUUGGAUCAGCCAGUAUUGCUGAGUUCUUUGCAGAUAUCCUCCUGACACCUUUAGAAGCCACCCGGAUCCGUCUCGUGUCAGACAGAACUUAUGCAACUGGACUUGUCACAGGCUUCACUCGUCUGGCGCGUGAAGGUGGCAUGAGCGAGCUUUACGCAGGCUUUGUCCCGAUUCUUUGCAAACAGAUACCUUACGCUAUCGGGCAAUUUACAGUGAACGAAUUCUGUCAUGAGAUUGCUUUUCGUUCAAUGUCCGAAGAGACUCGUCGCACGCUCUCCAGUGCCAACAAAUUCACAAUACAGCUCGGUAGCGGCAUUAUCGCAGGUUUUGCAGCAGCCAUUCUAAGUCAUCCAGCGGAUACCCUAUUGAGUCAGAUAAACAAGGGACACGGACCAAAGGGCUCCAUGCCGCAUCGACUCGCAGUGCUCGCUCGUGAGGCUGGUUUCCGCGGCCUUUUCGCUGGUCUUGGACCUAGGAUGAUAAUGACCGCAGGCCUUGUGUCCGGGCAAUUCGUACUGUAUGGUGCAAUAAAAGAAGCUUUGGGUGCACCCCCUGGUAUGGAGAUACACAGAGACACCAGUGCUGUUGCUUGAUAAGACACCGAGCUUCCCCAAGACUCGACUUAGAAGGCUUCGCUUGCAUUUUCUUGAGUCACAGUAAUCCUUACAAUGGUACCAUACAUAUGGGUAGAAUGCAAUCACUCACGUGGAGCUCCAGGAUAGAGCAACGAGUCAUUACAGCAACAAUAUCAUCCCUUUGUGUAUGGAGACAACUGUGACGCGUCGUACGGCCUUGGUUGCGUUGCUAAUUCACUCACUAGUGACGCAAGCGCAAGCUAGAAAACACCAACAUCAAAAAUCAGACGGUCUCUGUGCUAUUCGUACUGUAUACCUAUUUCCCUUAUCUUGUCAAUCUUGUUCGAUAUUCCCCAAGACAGCUCGCAGAGCGCCGCGUCUUAACAGUUUCAGC